AUGCCUCAAGACCCGGACCUCUACGGCCAACGGCCCGCCAAGAAGCAAAAAAAAUCCACGGCCCUUGCGUCGUCUCUUGAUUUCACAGCACAGUUGACAUCGCUCAUGUCGAAUGCCAAGUCGACUGGUCCCCAGCCGGGGCGGAAAAGACCAUCAAAGGAGCACAAGGUGGACCUUGCUCGCAGUAACAACCCAAAGGAACCCAAACCGCAGCAUGAGGACAACAAACUGAAAAUCAAGGACGUUUCUGGUACAGAAGAAGAAUCCCAGCAACUAGCACGUUCCAGGCGGAAAAUGGAGGACAAGGCACGAAUCUAUGCAGCAAUGAAGAGAGGAGACUACGUGCCCAAAGACAACGAGACGGCUCCGCUGGUGGACUUUGAUCGGAAAUGGGCAGAGACGGUGGAAGGGAACAAAGACUACGCGAGUUCCAGCUCGGAUGAGGCCGAGGAGGAGGAGGAGGACGACGACGACGGGGAUGCGGACCAAGUGAUUGAAUACGAGGAUGAGUUCGGGCGGUUGAGGAAAGGGUCCAAGGCUGAAAAGGAGCGCAUGGAACGACGGGCGAGGAGAGGAUGGCUAGGUGCGGAAGAGCUGGAGCGCAUGUCUGCGCGGCCAGCGGCGCCGACGAACCUCAUCUACGGGGAUGCAGUGCAGGCCAUGGCGUUCAACCCGGAGGAUCCCGAGAAGAUGGAGGAGCUCGCUCGAAAACGGGACCGCAGUGCGACACCACCGGAGCAGAAGCAUUACGACGCCGACAGCGAAAUCCGCACCAAGGGAACAGGCUUUUACAAGUUUAGCCAGGAUGCAGCGACACGCGAGCAGGAAAUGGGAGACUUGGCAAACGAGCGACAGCGGACGGAACAGGAGCGCAAAUCCCGACUUGAUUUGAAGGAGGCCCGACGUCGGGAGAUUGAACAGCGGCGGAAAGACAUGGGAGCGCGUAGGGCUCGGCGCCAGGCUGACAACUUCCUGGACAAACUGGCGGAAGGCGAGGAUGGGCGAUGA